ACUUGUGUGUUUCAGGAGAAGGGAUGUAAUGAACGGUUCAAUGAGACUGAGGUUGAGAGCCCAGUCUUGCGCACGCGCAGUAGCGUGUGAGGGUAUUUAAAUAUGGGGUGAAGAUUCCAGCAGCUCAACACAAACAGUUCUCAUCGGCGUGCGACUUACACGCCAGCCCGUCACGAUGAGCUGGGCCAUCAGCACUCUGGCCGUCGGGAUCGUUACUCUUCUGCUCAUUCAGAGGAGGUUUUACCCUUACUUUUGGGACGACUUGAUGUACUACGUGAAAGUUCGGCGCGUGGGGAGGGCGAUGAUGGCGAGGAUGAAGCGCGGAGUUGUCACAUAUCUCCAGUGCUUUGAGCUCCAAGCCAGAAACAUCCCGCACAAAGCGUUCGUUGUGUUCGAACAGCAAACCCUCACGUACAGGGACGUGGAUGUGCGGAGUAACCGAUUCGCGAACGUGCUGCAAUCGCACUGUGCUCUGAAACACGGCGAUGUUGUGGCUCUUCUGAUGAAUAACGAGCCGGAUUUCAUCUGCGUUUGGUUCGGUCUCUGUAAACUGGGCUGCGAGGUCGCGUUUCUCAACUUUAACAUCAAAUCCCAGUCGCUGCAGCACUGUUUGAGCAGCUGUGGAGCCAAAACGCUCGUCAUUGGCUCAGAUUUGAUCAGGUUUCUGGAUGAGGUGCUGCCGGCGCUGACCGACGGCGGGGUUGAGGUUUGGGUGGCAGCCGAGAGCUCAGCGCAUCAGAACGUCCGGACGCUGCUGGACAAGCUGGAAUCCGCCUCUCCAGAGAAGCCCGUGAUCGACGCCCCUCAGCCCAACCUCAUGUCCAACUUCCUGUUUAUCUUCACAUCUGGCACGACAGGACUGCCGAAAGCCGCUCGAAUCAGUCACAUCAAAGCGGUGAUGUGCAUGGCCUUCCUCCGUUUGUGUGGCGCUCGUGCCUGCGAUAGAGUCUAUCUGACGCUGCCGCUCUACCACAUGUCUGCGUCGCUGCUCGGCAUCGGCGGCUGCAUCGAACUCGGGGCGACGUGUGUUUUGAAGAGAAAGUUCUCUGCCAGCCAGUUUUGGAAGGACUGUCUCAAGUAUGAUAUUACUGUGUUUCAGUAUAUUGGGGAACUCUGUCGAUAUUUGGUCAGUCAACCCAAGACGGCAGAGGAAGUGGCUCAUAAAGUUCGCCUUGCUGCAGGAAGUGGUCUUCGAGCUGAUGUUUGGAAGGAGUUUCUCAGGCGUUUUGGAAAAAUCCAAAUUCGUGAAGCUUAUGGUUUAACGGAGGCCAGUAUUGGCUUUGUUAAUUACACUGCUGAAAUUGGACCAAUUGGGCGAGCCAGUUAUUUUAAUAAGCUCAGUUUGCCAUUUGAGUUUUUAAGAUGUGAUCCACAAACGUAUGAACCCAUACGGACGGGCACAGGACGCUGCAUUAAAGUGAGUAAAGGGGAAGCAGGGUUACUGGUGGCUCCAGUGACGUUCACCAACCCUUUCCUGGGCUACGCGGGUGAUAAAGCCAUGUCGGAAAGGAAGCUCCUGAGGGACGUCUUUAGGACGGGAGACGUGUAUUUCAACACGGGAGAUCUGAUGCUCCAGGACCACAGAGACUUCGUCUACUUCAAAGACAGGAUUGGAGACACAUUCAGGUGGAAAGGAGAGAACGUCUCCACCACAGAGGUGUCUGAAGUGUUGGGCAGCCUGGACUUCCUGCUGGAUGUCAAUGUGUACGGUGUCGCUGUACCAGGAUAUGAGGGUCGAGCGGGGAUGGCCGCUGUCGUGUUGAAGGACGGUCACGGAUUGGACGGAGAGAGGCUCUACGGUCAUCUGCUCCAGACUCUUCCUACGUACGCGUGGCCGUGGUUUCUGAGAGUUCAGACUUCCUUAGACAUGACGGAUACAUUUAAGCAGCAGAAGGGCAGACUGGUACAGCAGGGCUUCAGUCCGGAUACAGUCCAGCAGCCGCUGUACUUCCUGGAUGCUUCGCAGAAAACCUACACGCCCCUCACUGCGCAGCUGUAUGACGACAUCGUGUCAGGCAAGAUCAGACUUUAGAUGCGUUGUGGGAAAUGCAGUGACCCGUGAAAUGAUGCGUCCACAUCGCCAGACGACACGUCCGCUUUCUACAGCGAUCCUUGUGUUUGUGUUCCGACCGACGUAAACCACAUAGACUGGAGUGAAAUAUACGAGGCGUUCAGGGCUGGUGUGUUUUUAGUGUUUUAGUCUCGUACUCCAGGCGGUGUCUAUAGGCCGCUGAGCCUACAAAUAACCUGGAAUCACUGUGUUAGGAUUUCUUAAUAUUGAUACAGAAAAUGUACCAAUACUACAAUCAGUCGACUCUUAACCACUUCGCUCAGCUUUUAACUUUUCACUCCUCUUGUUAUUAACAGUAAAGAUUUUGUAUUUAUUUUUAAGACUAGCAGCAGCUUAACUAAUAUCAUCUGCUCUUGAUAAUUGUGUAGGCUACAUAAACGAAUAGACAAACUAAUUUCUUCAUCUAAAAGUUAGACUAAUUGAGAUCACAGCUGCAGUAUAUGUGUGAUUGAGUAUUUACACUUCAGACACAUGGCUCAUGUGUUUGUACAGCAGCACUGAAACAUCCUCACUCCAGAUGUUCACGCUUUUGUAUCAGAUAGGUUCUGAUUUGGUUUUAUAAUUGCAAAAUGUGUUAAUACAUUUAUAUGCAACAGUGCAUAUGAUACAAUGAAACCACAGUUUUGAGAUUGGGCACUAUAUGUUGUUGUGUUGUUGUGUUGUGUGUUUGUGUUUUUUUUCUUUUUCCUUUUUUUUUAUAUUAUCAUUGUAGAUUUAAUCAUGUUCAGCUUUCAUUCAGGGUAAAUUCAUUCUGUCUGUUUGUUUGACUGUAGUGCUGGUCACUGGAGAUUCUUCUGGAUUAUUCAUGUUUGAUAAUGACAGUGUGACUUGUUCUUUUGUGUCUCAGUUACUUUGUAAUAGAGUUUUUAUUUUUCGGAAACUUUGUUAGGUGAUUGCGUUUGAUCAUCCGUUAUUAUUAAUAACAAACUUGUAAAGGUAGUUGUUAACCACAAGAGGGCAGUGCUAACUUUACACAUUUUGAGUAUAAAAGUAAAGAAAACAUCGAUGUGAUCUGUAAUAAAGAACAUGUAUCGUA